AUGUCGCUCUUUGGCCAACCCAAGACCGGCAGCGUCUGGGGCCAGCAACAGACGCAGCAGACACAGCCAACUAGCAAUGCUUUUGGCCAAACGCUGGGCGGCACGCCGCAACGAACGGGACUUGGCAACAGCGUGAUGUCGCCGCCUCAGCAGACGCAGCAGAUGCCGACGCUGUCACAAUCACAGGCUCAGCUGUCUAGCUCGCUGUGGCAGCCAGGCAAGGAAACUCCUCACCAGAAACCGAUUCUCGAACAGAUGAAGCUCGUAACGGAAAAAUGGGAUCCGGCGAACCCUAGCUGCGUGUUCAAACACUACUUUUACAACAAGGUGGACGAGUCGCACAUUCCGUUUUACAAGCCCCAGCCGCAUGAGGACCCGCGCGAGUGGGAGGAGGCACUGCAGAGCAAGCCGGGGCCCGAAUUCAUGCCGGUGCUGUGCUCGGGGUACGCAGGGGUGGCGGACCGGCUCAAGACGCAGAAGCGGGCGAUUUCCGAGUUUAACACGCGGCUGCACCAGGUCAACGGGAGCCUGGACGCGCUGCUGCAGCGUCACGAGCUCGAGACGGAGGUGCGGGCGCUGGCGGCGCGGCGGCGGCAGGCGGCGAUCCACGCGCGGUGCCUGGCGCUGGCGGCGCGCGUGCAGAUUCUGCGCAACCGCGGGUAUGCGCUCAGCGGCGACGAGGAUGACCUAAACCGGCGUCUGCAGAAGCUGGAGCGCGAGGUGCAGGACCCGGCUGUCGGAGCGCGCGAGGAGGAGCUCUGGAGCAGGCUGAUUGUGCUGCGCGGGUACUCGGACCGUCUGAGCAAGGAAAUGGGCAAGCCGGUGGCUGAAGGGGCAGAGCUCGACGAGGAGACGCAGACCAAAGCCAAGCGGAUCAUGCAAGACUACGAGAAGCAGCUCAAUCAUCUGAAAAAGGAAGUUGAGUCGUUGAGUGCGGACUAUGCAGAGUGGGAAGAGAGUCGCAGCUCGAAUGAAAUGGGCUAG